GUUUUUUCUGUGUAUUUUUUAUUCGACAGUGUUUUAAUACUUCAUAUGUUGUUAUAUAUCGAGAAUUUCAUAUUCUUUUGAUGAAAUCGCUAAAAUGCAGAUAAAACAACAUUAAUUAAUGCGUUGCAUGAAUUCGAGGAGGCUCUGCUCGUCGAAAUAAAGAUAUCAAAACAUUUUCGCUUUCCUGUUAAUACACACCCGGACGUGCCCGCCGACAUAGUCGGUAGUCGUCUUAAACUACUUGCAAAAUUCCGUAAACGUGGCCAACUGAUAUUCUAUGGAUACCAGCAAUAACUACAACUUAAUUAAUGGCGGAGAAUCAUCGGGGGAACAGACGCAAAUCACGAUGCAAGGCUAUCGUGAUGGCAAUGUCUUUAAUCCUUUGUGUCAAACGAGGAUGCACAGAAACUUCAAAUUAUUGGCGGAUCCGCAGUUGUUGAAAUGUGGUACCAAGCUAUAUCGCUACGACGGCGUUGUUCCUGGAGAUCCGACCUACCCGACAAUAACGCCUCGCGAUCCACGUAAUCCCCUAAUUCGAAUUCGAGCCAAGCCUGUCGAGCCUCUAAUGUUGGUUGUACCCCGAUUUAUAAUCGACUCUGAUUACGUUGGACAGCCACCUGCAAUUGAAGUAACGGUUGUCAAUCUUAACGACAAUAUCGAUAAGCAGUUUCUUUCCAGCCUUCUAGAUAAGUGCGGGCCCACGGAUGAAAUAAAUAUAUAUCAUCACCCAACGACAAACAAGCAUUUGGGCAUCGCGCGUAUUGUCUUUGAAAGCACUAAAGGAGCUCGGCAGUUUGUUGAAAAGUAUAACCAGAAAUCAGUAAUGGGAAAGAUAUUAAACGUAUUCUGCGAUCCUUUCGGUGCCGUUUUAAAAAAAACCAUUGAUAAUAUAACGAAUCCCAUUGCACCUCCACCACUAUUACCCACCACACCUCAUUCGACAACAACGCAUAUUUCGGUCAAUGAACAUUUUAAUGAAUACACCGAAAAGGAAGAUGUUCAUCAAAUUUCUGGAAGUGGUUACAACUCGUUUUAUAAAGGUGCCGCGUUUGGUGAAAUAGAUAGAGAUCGUCACAGAGAGCGUGAAAGAGAUCGUCUAAUAAAAGAACGUUCACGACAUUCCGAUGAAAGAGGCUAUGAUCGGGAACGGGGUUCACGUAAUAAAUAUAGCAGCUCACGUCAUGGUCGUCAUUACUACUCACGAGGAUCACGGGAGAAAAGUCCGGAUUCAAGCAGAGAUCGAUUAUAUAGUUCAAGAGACAGAGAUCGGGACACAAGGUCUUAUGAUUAUUCUCGCUCAAAAGGACGCGAUAAAUUUCGAGAACGCAAUAGAUCUAGAGAUCAUUCUCGUGAUCGGAUGAGAGACAGGAGAGAUCACCGCUUAAGUUCGUCAAAAGAACGGGAUUACCGAGAACGAGAUCGUGAUAGAUCUAUGGAUAUUGAUGGUGAUCGUAAGGAGCGCAUUAGUUCUAAGCACGAUGUACGCUAUUUAAGCAAUGAAUGCACUGAAGACGAAAAUGGUACAUCAUCGGUGUUUCAAAACCAACAAUAUUAUUCUGGCAUUCCGGCACCUAACCUUAUACCCUCUGAUUACGGAUAUAAUCACUACAGCUACACUAUGAGUGAAAAUAUUCAAUCAUGGAAUAGCUCCCACCGAAGGUGGCCAGCCACACAACCAGACUCACAGCUUAUACCGCCACCACCUCCGCCCCAAGAAGAGGAAGAAAAUUGGGACGAUCCUCAACCUCCAGCAUUAAUGUUAUAUUCAAAAGAUAUCUCGCCUUCAACGGAGUCAGUUGGUAUAAAACAACAACUAUCACCAAAGCGACCAAAAUCAAACAAAUCAAAUAACAAUGUCGAGACUGCUGCUGAAUCAGAAACCAAUUCAGAGAAUGUUGAUUUAGACACACGUAUUGCACUUAUAUUUAAGGGAAAGACAUUUGGAAAUGCUCCACCUUUUCUGCAAAUGGAUAGUAGUGAUUCUGAAACAGACAAAGCAAAAGUUGAAGAUAUAAAUGAGGCAGCUGACACGAAUUGCGAUUCAAAUAGCACCCACAACAAAAAAGCAACAGAGAAAAAUGUUUCGACUUUACAGCAGCAUGGCGCCAGUGAUAUAUCAAGUGACGACGAUAUUUUAAUUAAGAAAGAAACAGUUAAGGUCACUGUUGAAAAGUUGGAAUCAAAUGAUAAUAAUGAUGACAAUAUGUCUUUGUCAAGUUUGUCAUCCCAUGAAGAAACGACAAAAGAGUCUACAGAUCCGUCAAACCAACUAACAUCGAAAAUUAUGUUUGCGGGAUAUACGGACCCCCAUGCUUCAACUCAGAGCAGUUAUUACUAUCAUCACUCGGCAUAUGGAUAUGGUCAUUAUCCAUCUGCAAUAGGGUCGAGUUCCGGAUUAACUGGAAAGUACUUUUCCAACCCUGCAUACAUGCAGGCGUCAUACUUGCCGGGAGUUGUAUCUGCAGACUCCUUCAAUUUAGAUCCGUACAUCCACACAUAUGGUUAUCAGCAUACCCAGCCGGAUCAAAAUGAUGAAAUGAAACAAAACGUUAAAAAGGUUAUGAACAUUAUAGUUGAGGAACUGAAACAAAUUCUUAAACGUGAUGUUAACAAGCGUAUGAUUGAAAUGACAGCUUUUAAGAAUUUUGAGGUUUGGUGGGACGAACAAACUGCAAAAGCUCGUACAAAGCAAUUGUCAUCAGUGGUCGAAACCGGUACAACAAAUAACAACCCCGUAGAAAAGCAAACAACUCAGGAGAAGCCACCCGACAUUAAUCAUCUAAUCAAUACGCAAAGAGAAAUGCCAGAUUUUCAGUCCUUUACCAGUAUUGGUAUACGAGCUGCAAUGCCCAAAUUGCCGUCAUUUCGGCGUGUUCCCAAGCACCCUAGUCCCAUUCCCGAUAAAUUGGAACGGGAUCUCAGUGAUCAAGAAGAAAUGGUACAGCGUUCUGACUCAGAUAAAGAUGAUUCAAAUAUGGGUAGUUCUGAUGCUCAAAACAUUAACUUAAAACGGCGUGCUUUGCAAAGAGAUAUUGGUAAAAUGCGUCUAACAUCAAACAAUAUACGACUGAAAAGAAAAGGAAGUGCAUCAAGUUUCUUUUCGUCGUCCACCUCGUCCUCCUCCAAUAGCGAUGGUGAAAAUGAUGCUGAAGAUAUAGGGAAUAGAGUAGAAAACGACAGGAGUAGCGACGAUGAAAGCUUUGAUGAAGAUACUCCAUCAAUGAAUGAAAGGGACAAGUUCUCAAAGAAGCGUAGACGUGACAUGAAAACCUCCGAAGAAAAAAUACUAAAUGUAUAUUCGGAUUCUGAGGAAGAGAAUCAAUCAAUAAAUCGAAUUUCGGCAACCAAGCGAAGUCGUUUGAAAAAAAUGGAUAUAUACUCUGAUACUGAUGAAGAUGAUGAUGAAAAAAUGGGAAAUAAACUAUUUACGAGUUCAAAACCUAAUCUCAUGUCAUCCAUUCCGUCUGACCUUGAAGACAUAAGCAAGGAUAGUUGUUUUGGUAUGGAAGAAACUGGAAAUGCUUCUGGAUUUGAAGCCGAAGAACCGAAGACGGAUGAUAAGAUAGAAAGAGAAUCCCGCCGAUCCCCUACACCUGUUCCGCCACCGGAUUACAACGAAGAAACUGUAUCGAAGUCUGAUGGUUUAGGUACAGCAAAAUCUCAUUUUGGGUAUGAUCGAAUUUAUAGUGAUUCGGAGGAAGAACGCGAGUAUCAGGAGAAGAGGCGUCGAAACACAGAAUAUAUGGCCCAAAUCGAGCGCGAAUUUUUAGAAGAACAACAGAAAAAUUCAAAUCAGACAGACAAUAAGUUAAACAUUGAUCUCAAGUUGGAUAUUGAUAAAAUGUCAAGUUUCGAGAUGCCGGACACGCCUGAUAUUUCAAAACUGCCUCCAACACCAGGUGCAAAGCUAUUAGUGGAUGAAAUUAAACUAUAUAAGAAAAACAUUAUAGAAACUGAUGUCGAAGGAAAACACUAUUUGAGCACAGUAAAGACUGAAAUUUGUUUGAAAAGUGUUAAAAGUGCUAAUAAUCAGUCAAAUGAGAUUGAAAAUAAGAUUGCGUUGAAAACAGAUAACGAUUUAAAAACAGAAGUCUUUAAAACAGCUCAAUCUAACACUCAGCAAAAUGAAGAAACACGAAUUUACAACGGCAAGCAAUCACCCGUCUCUUCAGAUAGUGGGUCGAGUCAAGCAUCCCAAGCUAGUCAAGUGGCAUUAGAACAUUGUUAUUCCUUGCCACCGCAAGCACAAGGUGCGUUUUCCACAGAUGUUUCAACGGGCCAGUUUGAUGCGAAAAAUAAAAAGGAGGUGGAUAACAUGCAGAUUGCGAGGCCUGGACCUGGAAGGCCACGCAAAGAUUCUGUUCGGGCUCAAAAGAAAAAGAAAGACUUUUCAGGACGACAGGCCAUCAAAAAAACGAAAAUUGAGUCGAUGAAGAGUACGCUUUCUGAAUUGGUUCGUCAAACCUCAAACUUUGUUCCAUGUGAAAUGUUCAAUUCUCGUGAUCAAAAUGAAGAAAUGGUAAUUUUAUACACUUUCCUAACAAAAGGCAUUGAUCUGGAGGACAUUAAGUACAUCAAGACGAGCUACACUGAACAUUUGCAAAAGGAGCCAUAUGCUAUGUUUUUGAACAAUACUCAUUGGGUUAAUCACUGCACCACGGACAGAGCAUUCUGGCCACCUCCUCCGAAAAAACGGCGUAAAGACGAUGAGCUCAUGAGACACAAAACUGGUUGUGCACGCACUGAGGGCUUCUACAAGUUGGAUGUACGCGAGAAGGCUAAACACAAAUAUCAUCAUGCUAAAGCAAACAUACAUGACGCUCAAAACGACGAGCGAUGCGAUGAGCCGACAGCCCUGACGAACCAUCAUCAUAACAAAUUAAUAUCUAAAAUGCAGGGCAUUUCUCGUGAGGCUCGUUCGAAUCAACGACGUUUACUGACGGCCUUUGGAUCAAUGGGCGAGUCCGAGCUUUUAAAAUUCAAUCAGCUUAAAUUCCGUAAAAAGCAGCUCAAAUUUGCAAAAUCGGCAAUUCAUGAUUGGGGACUAUUUGCCAUGGAACCUAUAGCAGCAGAUGAAAUGGUUAUUGAAUACGUUGGCCAAAUGAUUCGACCAGUCGUUGCAGAUCUAAGGGAGACUAAAUAUGAGGCGAUUGGUAUUGGAAGCUCAUAUUUAUUCCGAAUCGAUAUGGAAACUAUUAUCGAUGCGACUAAAUGUGGCAAUUUGGCGAGAUUUAUAAAUCAUAGCUGUAAUCCAAAUUGUUAUGCCAAAGUCAUUACCAUAGAGUCCGAAAAAAAAAUUGUUAUAUAUUCGAAACAACCUAUUGGAGUUAAUGAAGAAAUAACUUAUGACUACAAAUUUCCUUUAGAGGAGGAGAAAAUCCCAUGUUUAUGUGGAGCUCAAGGGUGCAGGGGUACGCUUAACUAAAUCAGAGAAACACUGGCUUUAGAAUACGCUGCAGAAUUACUGAAAAUUAAUGUUAAUAAUUGCUUUUAUUUUAAGAAAGAAUUACAGCGCUUAGAAAUACACAAUAUCAUUUUAUGUAUUCUGUUACAUUUAAAUAGAACACUUUUUGUAUCUUAAGUAAUUUAAAAGUAAAUAUAAA